AUGCAAAACCAGUUUGGUGCCGCCUCGUCUCGCUCGUCAACCUCGCCCACGUCCUCAGAGCCUGACCAGCAAUACGCUGUUCAGCCUCCUUCGCUCUAUCAUCGAAAUGACACUCAAUCGCACGGAUCGACGCACCUCUAUUCCGUCUCCGCACCUCUACCUAUGCCCGCUAUGGCUUCGGCUGUCAGGAUGAUGAAUGACCUAACCGACACGCCGCCGUUGUCCCAGAGUGUCAAUUCCACUGCUCCCAACUCACCGCGCAUCCCACCAUUGCGCCAGAACUCGGGUAGCCAGACGCCCAGAGUACGGCCCCAUGCGACGACCCUCAACAUCCCUGGUAUGACCAGGUCGCGCGUCUCUCCCGACGGCAGAAUUCCCCAACGAGAUGUAGCAGCCAAGCUAGUCAUUGUCAUGGUUGGCCUCCCUGCCCGUGGCAAGUCAUACAUUACCAAGAAACUUCAGCGCUUUCUUUCCUGGCAACAGCACGAGUCUCGAAUUUUCAAUGUUGGGAAUCGGAGGCGCAAUGCUGCCGGUGUCAAAUCCUCAGUUCAUCCCGGGCUUGCGCCAGAACGCCAGCAAUUGGAUCCUCCGGUUGAAGCUGCCACUAUUCUACUGAACGGCAUGCCCGCUGCUGACGGCGAAAUUCCUCCCGAACAAGCAGAACCUACAACGCUAAACCUGAACGGAUCGGAGCAAGAGGAAGUAGAUCAGUCUGCCAAGUUCUUUGACCCGAGCAACGAGAAGGCCUCUGCAAUGAGAAACCAGGUGGCUAUGGAAACGUUGGACGAGCUCCUCGACUACCUUUUGAACCAAGGGGGUGCUGUUGGAAUCCUCGAUGCCACAAAUAGCACCAUCAAGAGGAGACAACAAAUUGUUGACCGAAUCAAGCAGCGGGAGCCGAAGCUUGGCAUUCUGUUCAUUGAAAGUAUAUGCAGAGAUCCCCAUCUCCUAGAGGCCAACAUGCGCCUGAAGCUGUCCGGUCCGGAUUAUCGCAACAAGGAUCCCAUGAAGUCAUUGGAGGAUUUCAGGGCCAGAGUUGCAGCCUACGCGAGUGCAUAUGUCCCCCUUGGCGAUUUUGAGGAGGAUAAUGACCUGCAGUACAUUCAGAUGAUUGAUGUCGGCAGCAAGCUUGUACAGCACCGACUGAAGGGGUUCCUCAGCAAUGGAAUUAGCACUUACCUCUCGAGCUUCAAUCUUUCGCCUCGGCAAAUUUGGAUCACUCGCCAUGGCCAAAGCGUUGACAAUGAGCUUGGCAAGCUGGGGGGUGACUCCAUCCUCACUGAGCGAGGUCAUUGUUAUGGCUUGGCAUUGUACAAGUUCAUGACCCAAAAACGCAAGGAAUGGCUCAUGGAGCAAAAGAGCAAGCUGGCUCAAGCCACCUUCCCGCCUCUGCCAGGUGACAAUACUCCUCCCUACCCAGACAUGCACAGAGACCUGGAUGAAAAGAACUUUUGUGUCUGGACCUCGAUGCUGCAGCGCAGCGUGGCAACUGCUGAAUAUUUUGACGCCGAUGAUGACUACGACGUCAAAAACUGGGAAAUGCUCAAUGAACUAAACACGGGCCAGUUUGAAGGCAUGACAUAUGAAGAGAUCGCUCGAAAGUACCCCGAGGAAUUCCAUAAGCGUUCUGCAGACAAGCUCAACUACAUCUACCCCGGUGUUGGUGGCGAGGGCUACCUCCAGGUUAUUAGCCGCCUUCGCGACAUGGUUAGAGAAAUUGAGCGCAUCACGGACCACGUCCUCAUUAUUGGACACCGCUCCGUUUGCCGAGUGCUCAUGGCCUACUUUAUGGACCUGACGCGAGAGGAUAUCACAGACAUGGAUGUGCCCCUGGGAAUGCUCUAUUCCAUUGAGCCCAAGCCAUAUGGCAUUGCCUUUCACGCCUACAAGUACAAUGAGGCAAACGGCUGGUUCGACGAAAUGCCCAACUACCGGCCCCAAAAGGCUGCACGUGGAAGCGUCUAA